CUUUCAGCAGAUGGUCUUAUUAGAUGAUACUUCUCAGUGAAUGGUUUAUGCGAAAAUAAUGGAAAAUGUUUCACAUGUUUUUGUUCUGUUUUGGCUGGUGGAAUCUUAUUGGUGUGUUUGGUGCUAAAAUAAAGGCAGUGUCAGUGAUAGAGGGAGAUUCUGUCACUCUAAACUCUAAUGUUAUUGAAAUACAUGAAAACGAUGACAUACUGUGGACUUUUGGAACACAAAUGUCUCUCAUAGCUAGAAUAAAAAAAGACAAACAAAUCUCAUCCAUGUAUGCUACUGAUCUGAGAUUCAGAGACAGACUGAAGCUGGACUAUCAAACUGGCUCUCUGACCAUAACAAACAUCACAAAUGAACAUGCUGGACUCUAUAAAGCAGAGAUAACUGCAGCAAAAUCGUCAUCAAAAACUUUUAGUGUUUCUGUCUAUGCUCGUCUGUCUGUUCCUGUCAUUAGCAGUAACUCUUCACUAUGUUCAUCAUUAUCACCAUCAUCAUCACACCAGUAUUGUUCAUUGUUGUGUUCAGUGGUGAAUGUGAGUCAUGUGACUCUCUCCUGGUACAAAGGAAACAGUUUAUUGUCCAGCAUCAGUGUGUCUGAUCUCAGCAUCAGUCUCUCUCUACCUCUGGAGGUGGAAUAUCAGGAUAAAAACACCUACAGCUGUGUGAUCAACAAUCCCAUCAGCAACCAGACCACACAUCUAAAUAUCAGUGAACUCUGUCACACAUGUUCAGAUCAGGGUCUACCUUUAUUGUACAUUGUGUUGAUUUCUGCUGCUGCUGGAUCUCUGUUGAUUGUAGCUGCAGUCGUGAUGUGCGGCAUCUGCAAGCAACUUAGAAAAAUUGACAAAGAAGGCAAGUGUUAA